CAAUCACAGAGCACGUGACACCAAUCUAAGCUGUUUUCUCUAUAUAUGCUGGUCACCAUAGGCUCAUUUCACAAGCCCGGCUGAUUCCCAAAGUAUCAAGAUGUUGAAGCUAGCUCUGUUAUCCGUACUGUACGUGUGUGCCAUUGCCACGCCCCUCACCGAUCCAAUCCUGGACGAUGAAUGGACACUUUUCAAGAACACAUACAACAGACAGUACGAAGGACAAGAGGAGCUGAUGAGACGGAUCAUCUGGGAGGACAAUGCCCGGUUUGUUCAGAGGCACAACGUGGAAGCUAGCAACGGACUUCACACGUUCACCACAGGAAUGAACGAGUUUGGAGACCUGACCAACCUUGAGUUUGUGAGUAUGAUGAACGGUUACAUCAUGCGCAACUCUACGAGCAAUCUUGUCUUUGAUGCGUCCAAGGAUACUGUAACUGAUGACACUGUUGACUGGAGGACAAAGGGCUACGUCACUGAGGUCAAGAACCAGGGUCAAUGCGGAUCCUGUUGGGCGUUUUCAACUACAGGCUCGCUAGAAGGACAACAUUUCAAGAAGGAGGGCAAAUUGGUUUCUCUGUCUGAACAAAACCUGGUUGAUUGUUCCAAGAAACAAGGAAACCACGGAUGUCAAGGAGGUCUGAUGGACUUCGGUUUCAAAUACAUUAAGGAAAACAAGGGAAUUGAUACUGAAGAGUCCUACCCAUACCGUGCAAAGAACGGUAAGUGUAAGUUUGAAGCCAGCAAUGUUGGUGCCACUGACACCGGCUUCGUUGACGUCAAGAGCAAAAGUGUAACAGCCCUUCAGCAGGCAGUGUCUACCAUUGGUCCAAUUUCUAUUGCCAUGGAUGCUAGUCACAGGUCAUUCCAGAUGUACAAGACUGGAACAUACAAGGAACCAAAGUGCAGUUCCACCAAACUUGAUCAUGGAGUCCUGGCCGUCGGAUACGGAACAGAAGGCAGCACUGACUACUGGAUCAUCAAGAACAGCUGGGGAAAAUCCUGGGGAAUGGACGGCUACUUCCAGAUCGUCAGAAGCGAGGCAAAUAUGUGCGGAAUCGCAACACAGCCAAGCUACCCUACUGUUUAAAUGUAUAUAGACUACAUCUAGGGUUUUUUUAAAGUGUGGAAGAAAUCGUUCAAAUUCGGAAAUAAAUAUUUACAUUUUUUGAAGAAAAAACUGGUACAUAUAUGUUGUUGUGUAUGUUUGUGAUCAUUGCAAAAAUACUCGCAUUUUUAAAAUCAAUAUCGAAUUUUGAUUUGCACACAACUGAGGUGGCAAUUCUCGUUAGAAAUUGUACAUGUUUUGUAAAACAUGUUUUUAUUUCAACCUUUAUCUUUUAAGAAAGUCUCAGACAGUCAAGAUCUGUUACAUGUAGCUACAUGCGUUCACAGAAUGUAUACCUUUUCCAGCACCUUUUUUUUACAUUUUCUUACGAUAAUAAAAAAGUUUUUUUCUA